AUCUCUGUAGCAUAAGUUUCAUAUGAUCGUCGAUAGAUGGCGUAGCUAGAUGGAUUUUCCGCUAAGAAAACAUUCAAUGGCGUUUGUUAACUUAUUAUUUGUUAUUGUGUUAAAUUAAAGAUUAAUCAGUAUUCAAUAAUUAUGAUAAUUCAUGAUUUGAUUUUUGAUAGUAAUUUCUGCAUUGUUUACGUAAUAGAUAACGGUUGCUAUUUUUUAAUGUACUGCGCCGGAAACGCAAGCGCGCUUGUUGCACCCAAACGCGUUUGGACAUGACCCUCUCAGUCGUUGUUUAGAGCCGUGCCUUUACACAUCGAUUUUGAGGAACUUGUCUGUGACCGGGCAGUGACUAUUUUUCUUUAUUUGACUGUGGGGUAGUUACGUUAUUUUUUUUAUUCGAUUAUUAAGUACUUUUGUAUCUCGGAAUAAAACUGUUUAAUAGUGAAAGUGUUUUUCGUUGCCUGAUUACCCACUCAACGCCCACGAAAUGAAUAAUGAGGAAACAAAUGUUUACAAUGAGCCUCCGAAGUCGCCUCCGGCCACCGUCGACGCGACAUCAGAAGUGGGAUACCUUCAGGCACGAAAUAAUUCCACGAGUUUACCCGGAUUAGACGAAUCUCUUCUGCGUGUUCUUCUGGAGUCGCAGAACAGAAAUAUGAUGAGCCUGAUCGAUGCAAUAAAACCGUCUGCAUCUGCUCAAAGGAUUUCUCUGCCCGAAUUCGACCCGGACAAGUCCGACAACGACCCUCGUGCAUGGUGUGAUACCGUUGACCUCUGCGUGGCUGAUCGUGAUCUAUGUGGCAGUGCUUUGAUAAUUAUACUGAGUAAAGCGCUAAAAGGAAGUGCCUCACGAUGGCUAUCGCAAGUGUCUUAUGCUGGGAUAACUUGGCCGGAAUUCAAGGACAUUUUUAAGGCGAGAUAUGACUGUAUCGAGACACCAGCAGCAACGCUGAUUAAUUUGCAAAAUAGUCGCCCAAAGGAAGGUGAAUGUUAUGCCGCUUAUGCUUCCCGGUUGAUGACUUCGCUAUCGUCACGUUGGCAAGGUAUGAGCGCCGAGCAGAUUGCAAUUUCUACGAUACUUGCUCAUGUGUCUCGAUUCGAUGAUAGAUUGCAACGUCUUGCUUUUACUACCGAAAUUACUUCGCGUGAUAAACUCCAACGAGAGCUUCAGGCAUUUUCGCAUAUGAAACGAAAGAGCAAUACCGUGUCAUCGGCACUCGACGGGCCCAAUGACAGCAAGCGCAUGAAGCCUUUUUUGCCAAAUACCUUCAAAUGCAACUACUGUGGCAAACCUGGACACCGAGCUGCAGACUGCCGUCAGCGACGCGAUGUGAAGCGGACCACCAGCGGUCCUUCGGCAACGCCUUCAACUAGUACCGGACGAGAGAAGCAGGACCUGACAUGCUUCAAAUGCGGUGGCAAGGGUCACUACGCAUCAAGGUGUACUCAGCGAGCAACCAGCGGCGGCGGCCAGGGAUCGUCGAGCAACGGUGCAUCAACCAACGCGGCCAGCCAACGACGGGUGGAUGUGUGCUUCGUGAGCAAUCCACGUGGUCACUUAAUGAAUAAUGGUGAGUCGUUUCCUUUUCACUAUGACUCUGGGGCCGAAUGUUCUCUCAUCAAAGAAUGUGUUGCUUCCAAGUUUACGGGAACACGAUUUGAUAAUGUGAUAACCCUCACGGGUAUUGGGCAGUCUUCAAUUCAAAGUUUAGUUCAAAUUUUGGCUGAAGUUACAAUAAAUGCUAUAUCUAUAGAGAUACUUUUUCAUGUUGUUCAAGACAGUUUUCUUAGGAGUAACAUUUUAUUUGGAAUGAAAAUAUUGGAUCAAGUUACCAUUCUUUUGAACUGGAGACUGGCGGUUGUCAAUGCGAUAAAGCACUUUCGCCAUUACUUGCAAGGCCGUAAGUUCACCGUAGUAACCGACUGUGCAUCAGUUCGAGCGUCAAAAAGUAAGACUGAUCUUUCUUCGCGAGUUCAUAGGUGGUGGGUUUAUCUCCAGUCAUUUGACUUCGACAUUGUACAUCGAGCUGGAAGCCGCAUGGGUCAUGUGGAUUUCCUAUCCAGAAAUCCUCUGCCGAUUACGAAUACUUCGCGUAAGAUUGUUCGUAAGGUAAGAAGGGUAGAUCUCGCUGCAUUCUCAGACAACUGGUUAGUGGCUGAGCAGGAGAAGGAUGAGGAUAUUUCUAAGAUUGUUUCGGACUUGCAUAAUGAAGAAAUGUCUGAAGAUCUUAGAAAAACCUACGAGUUGCGCAAGAACGUCUUGCAUCGAAAGAUUCAGCGCAACGGUCGUACGAGAUGUCUGCCUAUGGUUCCGCGUUCACUAUGCUGGUCAGUAAUUAAUAACAUUCAUGAGUCUGUCAUGCAUUUAGGUGCGGAUAAAACCCUUGAGAAGGCCUACGAGCACUACUGGUUUCCCGGUAUGUCCAAGUAUGUGCGAAAAUUUGUAGACAAUUGCAUAACAUGUAAGAUUUCUAAAUCCAAUAGCGGGAGGGUCCCAGCAGAGCUACAUCCGAUUCCCAAGGGCACGAUUCCAUGGCAUACUGUUCACAUAGAUGCGUCUGGUAAGCUGAGUGGCAAAAAUGAUGUCAAAGAAUAUGUUUUUGUCAUGAUUGAUGCUUUCACAAAGUAUGUGCUUCUAAUACACUCCAAAAACAUCGAUAGUACUAGUAGCAUAAGGGCACUCAAGCAGGGCAUUUCCUUGUUUGGGACCCCUAACAGAGUAAUUUCCGAUCAAGGUCGAUGUUUUAGUAGUAAGGAGUUCUCAAAUUUUUGUAGUAGUCAUAACAUAAACCUUCAUUUGAUUGCUACUGGUGGUUGUAGAGCAAACGGACAGGUCGAGCGCAUCAUGAGUACGCUAAAAGGUAUGUUAACCUCUGUAGAGGUUAGUAAAGAUCGCUCCUGGCAGGAUGCUCUUGGUGAUAUUCAGUUGGCAAUAAAUUCGACUGUCAAUCGUGUAACUAAAGCCAGUCCCUUAGAAUUAAUGAUUGGGAAGGUUGCCCGACCGUUGAACUUAAUGACUAUUGAUGAAGAGCCUAUCGAAGUUGACUUAGAUAUGGUGAGAGAACAGGCGACCCAGGGCAUAAAGGAUAACGCUUCCUAUGACAAGAAACGGUUCGACUCCAAUAAGGCUAAGGUGCAUAAGUUUUCUGUAGGAGACUUUGUGCUUCUUGAAAAUGAGGAAAGGAACCAGACUAAGCUGGAUCCUAAGUUCAAAGGUCCCUUUAAGAUAAUUGAAGUUUUAGAUGGAGAUAGAUACCUACUGAAAUCUCUGAACUCUAACAGAACCUAUAAGUAUCCCCAUGAUCGUGUUAGGAGGAUAUCAGACCAUCAAGUUCCCAAAGAGCUAGAUAAUACCGAUGAAAAUGAUUUUGUUGAUGAUGAUGAUUGUUAGUUUUUCUGAUGAUACAUGUCAUGGUGCUGCUGAUGGUACGGGUAACCGAUGGACUGGAUUACUCAUGAUUUAGAUGGCCGAUGGACCGAGCCAUGUUAGUGUCCGAUGGACUGGAUACUAUGAGUGUUCGAUGGACUGAACACUGAUGAUUUGACGAGACAUGAUAGUAUCCGAUGGACUGGGUACUGAGAGAGCCGAUGGACUGGCUCGGAGCCGAUGGACUGGCUCAAGUAUGCGUACCCAGACUUGUGUCAUUGAUUUUUCUUUUCAUUACUGUAGAUUAGUACCAAUUGGAAUAUGGGAACUUGUCGGUCAGAUGUUUUAAAUUAAUGAUUUUGGUUUUGUAAACAAAAGCCCUUGAAUUAUUUCUGGUCGGGAUAGCCGAACGGUUUACUCUUUGUGUUUCGUUUUGUUCUCAGAUGCAACACCCGAGGACGGGUGAAGACCAUCAGGAUGGCCGUGUCGGAUAAUGGGAGCAUCUCUGUAGCAUAAGUUUCAUAUGAUCGUCGAUAGAUGGCGUAGCUAGAUGGAUUUUCCGCUAAGAAAACAUUCAAUGGCGUUUGUUAACUUAUUAUUUGUUAUUGUG